UACCACAGGAAGCUCGGAUAUCGACUCUGCUGAAUCAAGAGCAUACAUUCAUAUUCACAUCAUCCAUAUACACUUUGCUUGAGAAUGCUUUCUUUAGCCUUUUUGGGAGCCUUUGAUUUUCCCUUCUUCGUCUCUGUCGGGCUUUCACUAUCCAUUGAAGUGAUCCAAAAAUUAAAUUUCCAAAAAAAAAAAAAAAUUUCAGGUUGUUUCGUCUCUUCUUCUAGGUUUCCUGAAAAAGAAUCAAAUCGGCAAAAUUCGAAGCCGCCGGAGCUUCGAAGGUUUGAGAGCUGAGCUGAUCAACUGAUCAAGGAAGGAAGAUGGGGAAGAAGAAGCGGAGAGAGCUAGUGUUCGCAGUUGGAUGGGAGGUUCGAUAGCCUGUAAUCGUCUGCGGGGGCAAUCCAUGGUUGUGACGGGGCCAAAGAUGGUUGGGUUUCAAGGUACUCGAGUCUGGACGGACGAGAUUAACGUGCUUAGUGCUCAAGGCAGUCAUAUAAGCUCAGAAAUAGAAAAUUCACUCUUAGACAUGGAAGUCCUUGAGACAGAAUAUGCACCAUAGACGACUAGGGGAGUGAAAAAACCAAUGGAUAGAAAUCUGAAAUUGAUGCAAACUCCUCUUUGGCAGUCCACAAAAUUAUGUGAUGACGAUGAUGAUGAUGAUGAUAAUGAUACGCAUUUCUUCCUUUUGGCAUGAAUACUGGAAGAACUUAUCCUUGGACUCAAAGCUCUUAAGUCUUACCCCUGCCAUUUGAAUCUUCUUGGGCUUUCCUCUAUGUCUGCAUUCAUGUUUCUCUUUCAGGCAUAAAAAACAUACCCAUAAGAUCUAUAAAAUU